AUGGCUGGCUCUACCCCCAAGGACGUCGAGGAGUACCUCAAACAGUCCCAUGACCGCAUCUUCGAGAACAACCGCAAGUGGGCUACCCAGAAGAAGGAGCAGGACCCGGGCUACUUCGUUAGCCUCAGCGCCGGCCAGUCCCCCAACUACCUUUGGAUCGGAUGCAGUGACUCCCGUAUCCCCGCCGAGCAGAUUACUGGUCUGGAGCCCGGCGAGACGUUUGUCCACCGCAACAUUGCCAACCUAGUUGUCAACACCGACCUCAAUGUCAUGAGCGUCAUUAACUAUGCCGUCCGUCACCUUGGCGUCAAGCACAUCGUCGUCUGCGGUCACUAUGGCUGCGGUGGUGUCAAGGCUGCCAUGACCCCCAAGGAUCUUGGCCUCCUCAACCCUUGGCUGCGAAACAUUCGCGACGUCUACCGUCUGCACGAGGACGAGCUCGACGCCAUUACCGACGAGGAGAAGCGCUACAACCGCCUCGUCGAGCUCAACGUCGUCGAGCAGUGCCGCAACGUCAUCAAGACGGCCGCCGUUCAGCAGUCCUACAAGAAGAACCACUACCCUAUUGUCCACGGCUGGGUCUUUGGCUUCAACGACGGCCUGCUUACCGAUCUGAAGAUUGACUUUGAGAACAUGCUGGCUAAGGUCCAGAAGAUCUACAAUCUUUCUGACGAGUAA